AUGAUUCGUCUUUCUCUUGCUGAUGUCAUAAACUCAAACGAACUUCUUCGUAUGCAGUGUUGUUGCUUUGUUGCAAGUGCUACAUGUACAUUCAUUAUGAAGUCUGAACCAACACCUUCUUUACCUUGUGCUAAUCCGUCUUGUGAACCUGAGAAUUACGGUUUCACUACAUGUGACCUUCUGAGUCAUUUUGAGUGCCAAAGAAAGCUGGUGAAGGAACUCUCUCAUUGGGCGGAAUAUUCGUGGUGCCACAUUGAGUUCGGUCAUGCACUAUUGCUAGGAUCGGAGAGGAGUGGGAAGUCUUCUGUAGCGGCAUUACUUGCACAACACCUUGCGCAGUUCCACUGCUGCUUCUCCGUCCGCGUAGAUUGCAGCUUAUGGAAGGGAAAGUCAACGAAAAGCAUCAAGGAACGUAUUACCAGUGGAAUAAGCUCACUUUCUAAGCGGUCUCCAAGUUUAUUAAUACUUGACGACUUCGAGUCUUUUAACCACUUCAGCGACGAAAAGCUGAGACAGUUGGGCAGUGAUCGCAUUUUUCAGCGUGGGUGA